AUACCUUUAAGUAAAUCUUGCGUUCCUUUGCUCACAGGCUGCCUAGAAGGAGCCCAAAGGCCACCCUUCGCAACUGGUUGUCUAGGACGCGACGACAUCUUUGUUAUGAUCUUUGAAAAUUGAAAAACUGAAAUUGCUUCGUGCUUCCACCUUCGCCAUCUGCUCAUGCGCAAUAAGCUUCGUGGUCAAGAAACUAAAAAAUUUAAAAAAUGGCGGCAGCCAGGAAGGGAAAAAUACUUUUACUUUCUUCGAUUUUAAAACGCUUUCGUCUUGGUUGUGGGUGAACUAAGCAAGCUGCGUAAUGUCCAAGUGUAAGUGAAUUGUUUAUUGUGAGCGAUGACAAUGAAUAAAGCGUAUUUCAAUGUACAAUUUGAACAAAAUUUUGACAACAAUUGAACUUCAAAGAAUCAAAGGUUUAUUGGGAGUUUUUUUCGUUUAUAGUGUGGCAGCAUCCUUAUGUGAACAUAUUUAAACACUACAACAUCUCAGAAUGGAAGAAAUGUGCCAAAGAAGGAGAAGUCACUCCUGUUAUGGUACGGUUUUGGGGUCUUAAAUUCUGUUGAAAUGAUUAUAAAUUAAGACGGGUCACGGGUAAUAUAAUAAUUUGUUUUAAUUUUGCGCCGGAAAUUGCUAUUUUGAAUGCUUUAGCACAUUUGAGCAUUGGCAGGCCAAAAAUGCAAUGGCGUGCAUUGAGUCUAUUAAGUAUUUUGUUUAUUAUUAUGACAUCAUAAUAAUAAACAAAGUAGAGUCGAUGCACGCCCGAGCAUCAUGAUGCGCAAGGGUAAAUAUUUUCACCAUGCAUUUUUGGGCUGCCUAUGGUUUGAUGUGUUGUGUUGUUAGGUGAACUUACGUUGCAAGACUUAUUCAAAAUUACAUGUCCGUGCAUACUGACAGCCAAGAUUAUUUGUAAACAAAGUUUACCUGUCUAUUGUAUUGUGCUGUUGGAGACAUAGUGUAUACACAUUCUGUUUUCACCAAUGAAAGUGAGGUUCAAUUGCAUGUGAUGAUGUGAGAAGAGUGCUUCCACUAAGCACUACAGGUAUACAGACCUCGAAAUUCAGGUCGGCAAUCGAUAAACGCCAACCUGAUUGGCUGCUGACUUUUCGUCAUGUCAGGGUUGGCAAAAAGUUACACUUUUCUGAAGUGAAUUCAACUGACAAUGGUAGCAAAAUUAUCCAAUCAAUCACUUUUAAGAAAUUUCUGAAACAUUUUAUUGAAAACAUAAAUUUGCUGACCUGCUUUUGUUUCAGAUCAGCAAAACAUAGCUGACCUCAGUGUGUUAUUCGGCAAUUUAACGAAAUUGGGAAUUUCAGUUAGCCUGCGACAUUCAGACCGGAGUUAAGGAACAUUGUGUUUCUUAAGUGACGUUCUCGUGGCCUAGCUCCAGCUGAGCUAAAUUGAAACUUUUGAAGUGCAAGUCACGUGACAAUACUGUUUUGCCGUACUAAAAAUUGACAAAUACAAAUACAUCAAAUGACAUCCUUGCAACACUUGUCUGGUACUCGAUUUUUGUUGAGCAAAAUUUUGAAGUUGAACAAUCUUUUAUAUAUAUAAUAGUUACGUUUUUGGCGGAUUUAAAUUGUGAAAUUACUGGCUAAACGUAAUUGUAAAAACGGUGUAUAAUGCCGAAAUUUUGCGGGUUAGAACUGAGACAGUCUGUGUAAAUAAACGUAGUUUCUAGUUUAUAUGACUAUGUUUAUAAACAUUUGCCUCAUUCAGGACAAGCAGUUGAAAUGCACAGUAUAUCGUAUCACUGGUUCAAUUCCUGCUGGAAACUACAUACAGUUCCCACGAACGUCAACGCAAUCGCUCAGCCUCACUGGCCGAUACCUUUACCUAUUAUUUAAACCAAUAUCAGGGAAAUAUUUUGUUGCCCACAUCGACAUUGCCACAGAGGAUGGUUUGGCAGUACGGAUCUCGUUUUCAAACUUAUUUAAAGAAUUCAAGUCUACAUCAACUUGGUUGCAAUUUCCAUUUGUGCCCCGCCCACCACCUGGUUCAGUCGAUGAGGCAAUAUUAGCCAGUUCUACUAGUCAUGGUAUGGUAACAAUAUUUAUUGUAUUUGGUUUAUUGAAAGAAUGAACACAGCUGCCAUUAUCACCACCACUAAUUACUGUUAGAAUCACCACCAUCUUCUACCAUCAUAACCAUUGCUAUCAAAUCACCAUUAUGAUACUAAAAUCUUUAUCUCUCAAUUCCACAGACAAUUUUGUCCAAUCUUAAUUUGUAUAUAUGUAUGGUACACAUUUGUGAUGGUUUGUGAAUAAAAACACACUUAAUAAAAAGCAUUCAUCUCUGUGACAACUUCCUUGUUAAGCCUGGUUUGAUCACAGUCAUCAUAAUCAGCACCACCAUCAUUGUCAUUACUGUUACUAUCACCAUGAUCACCAUCAUGAUCAUGAUCACCAUCAUGAUCACCACCAUGAUCACCACCAUGGUCAUCACCAUGAUCAUCAUCAUGAUCACCAUCAUGAUCACCAUCAUGAUCACCAUCAUGAUCAUCACCAUAAUCACCAUCAUGAUUACCAUCAUGAUCACCAUCAUGAUCACCAUGAUCACCAUCAUGAUCACCAUCAUGAUCACCAUCAUGAUCACCAUCAUGAUCACCAUCACCAUGAUCACCACCAUGAUAACCAUCAUGAUCACCAUCAUGAUCACAUGAUCACAUGAUCACCAUGAUCCCCAUCACGAUCACCAUGAUCCCCAUCACGAUCACCAUGAUCCCCAUCACGAUCACCAUGAUCAUCACUAUGAUCACCAUUAUCACCAUGAUUACCAUCAUCACUACCAUCAUUGUCAUCACCACCACCACAAUGAUCACCACCAUAAUCACCACCAUUAUUGUCAUCAUCACCAUGAUGACUACCAUCUCCACAAUCAUCAUCACAAUUACCAUCAUGGCCAGCACUAUCAUCACUACUGUCAUUGUCACCAUCACUACCACCACCAUCAUGAUCACCACCAUCAUCGCUACCAUCUUACCACAGCAAUCACCAUUAUCACCACUAUCCUCACCAUGACCAUUAUCAACAACAUGACAAUCACCACCAUCACAGCCAGGCCUCGAAUUUCCCUGAAAUCAAUCGACGGCAAUGGCGUUAAAAAUUGCCGUAGAACGUAACAGCUGUCUACGGCAAUUUUGGCAUUUUCCACGGCAUUUUUCAAAUUACUGUAAUAAAACUUUAAUUUUAUUGUUACUUUGGAUUUUUGACAAGCUAGAAAAAUGUCUACGUAUUUCUUUAGUGUUUUUAGUUCGAAGAAAACUGAGACUAAAAUAGUGAUUUACGCAUGAUUUGUAAUGCACAGUGAAUAGUAUAAAAAUUGCACUAUACGGCAAAAAAUUGCCGUCGUUGCCGCAAUGAUCCACGGCAUUUUGUUCUCCCUCUACGGCAAUUGCCGCGAUAAAAUUCGAGCCCUGAUCACAGCCCUCCCCCGUCCGCCACCCCAUACUAAAAUCUUUGUCUCUUACCCCACAGACAGUCUUGGUCAUGUCUCCAUUGGUACACGUUACACAUUCCUGAUGCUGGACCUACAGUACAUAGUCUCAUUCUACCUCAAUCAAAAAUAUGCAUACUUAAAAAACAUUCGCCUCUGUGCAAACAUGUUGGUCAAAGGGCUCUUCACAAGUGACACAGAUUAUGAACCUGGACUCUCUAUAAACGAGGCCAGGAAACUAGGAUUGAUGUCAACAGGAUAUGUACCAGUGCCGAGGGACAUGGCAUUUCAUGUGCCGAAGGGGAUGGACUGGGAUGAGCUUUACGACGUUAUUAAAUUUCCUGGAAAAAGAAAGCCAGUAAAGAAAGGCAUAAUUCAUGGAGAUGGUAUGGAUUUUAAAGACAAGCCGUUCCCAGACGAAUCUGGUCAACCUACAUUUGAUGACAAAAGCAAUAAAGUAAGUGCAGUUAAUAAUACAGACACCUCUCAAAUAGGGACAGCCCUCUCUAAUACGGACAGCCCUCUCUAAUACGGACAGCUCUCUCUAAUACGGACAGCCCCCUCAAAUACGGACAGCCCUCUCUAAUACGGACAGCCCUCUCUAAUACGGACAGCCCUCUCUAAUGCGAACAGCCCUCUCUAAUACGGACAGCCCUCUCUAAUACGGACAGCCCUCUCUAAUGCGAACAGCCCUCUCUAAUACGGACAGCCCUCUCUAAUACGGACAGCUCUCUCUAAUACGGACAGCCCCCUCAAAUACGGACAGCCCUCUCUAAAUAUGGAUAGCCCUCUCUAAAUACGGAUAGCCCUCUCUACAUGUACAGGCAAAAACGUGUAAAUUUAACUUGUUUAUCACUGAAAGUUUACGGCUGUGUUGAUUACUAAAAUGAAUAAAAUCUAUUUUUCAUUUAGCAACAUCAGGCUGUAUCGUCACGAGUUGCUUUAGUGGACAAACUUAGUCCCAAAAAAAGUGCGGGAAAGGUACGAGGAAUUAUAUAGUGGAUGUGAAUUUGAAUAGAACAACUAUCAUGAUCACCAUCAAUAGAUCCAUUGCACAUGACGUCACAGAGCCGGUGACGAUGCAUCUGGAGGACAAAGUAGCAAUCUAUGCAUAAUAUAACUUUUGUAACCAAAGGAAAUUUGGUAAAACUUUAUAAUCAUUUUCUAUUAAAGUGGUUAAUUUUUAUGAUGUAUGUGGUUGUUGUACCCAAUAUUGUUAGGGAGCAUCUGGAGGACACUGUAAGGAUUUGUGACGUCAGUGCAAUGGGUCUAUUCAGUGCUUGAAAUAGUGGGCUGCCAAUGGCCAAAAGCAGGCCAUAAUUUAGAAAUGGCAGACAAAAACAAAUUUGAACUGCCAAGUAAAAAAAAAUGGCAGGUGAAAUUCUAUAGAUAUAUUUCAUUUCAUUUGCUUACCACAACUCAUAUAUACUAGAUCAUUUAGUUGACUAAAUACGUGUAUAUAUGAAAUGUGAAUCCAAGUUUACUGUAGUAAAAUAGACAAGUUAUAAUAAUAAUAAUAAAAAUGCAUAUCAUGAAAACAUUGAUUUUUACAAUAUGACUCAUAUGAGACAUCGCUAUCUUGGCAGUUCAGUGAAUAAAAAUGGCAGGCUAAAAUUUAUUUCACCUGCCAAAAAAAUUUUGACUGGCAGGCCAUAUUUUUCUCUACUUCGAUUCGUCGAGCCCUGACCAUCAUCAGCCCGUCAUCACCACCAUGAUAAUUACCAUGAUCAUCAUCACAACCCACCAUCAUUACUACUGGGAUAUUUUCUUUUAUUCAGAGAAGACAGGUUGUAGCAACUCAUGUGCCUGCAGCUGGCUUAGAUGUCCCAGUUGGUGUUCAAGCAAACGAUCAUCUAGACACUCAGGUUUAUGCUUAUAAAUCUUCCCCCAAAAUGAACUUACCUCGCAAGGAUCAAUCUACUGCUGUAAAACCACGAGUGAUCAAGGAUAAAAAAGUGAGAACUAGUUUUUAUUGUAUAUAACAAUUAUACAUGUAGCAGGUGUCCUAAAAAUGCAAUAGCUGUGUUUCAGAUUUUAGCUUGGAAAAUUCAAUUUAAAGGGAAAUGGCAAUAUAUUUAAAUUUUAUUUUCUCAUUUGAAAGAACUUUUAAGACUACUGUAUAUAUAAUACUCUUUUACCGUUUUUUCGUAUCUUGCUUACUUCUACAAAUAUUUUGAUCGAAAGGAAUGAAAUGUCCGGCAUCUUUAAUUUGUGUACAGUAGAUAUGCAUGUCACAGCAGGAAUCACGCAAUAUUUGUAUCUUGACAACCACUAAUCAUUUAAAACAUCUACCAAUCAAUAUUUGGUCAGCAACAAAUACUUUUAGAUUAAAAUUCAAGUGACAAGUUACUUCAAGUGAAAAUAUUUCAAGAACUAAGCAAGAUAUGAAAAAUCGGUAAAAGAAGUUAAUAUAUAGUUUCAAAAGUUCUUUCAAAUGAGAAAAUAAAAAUUAAUAUUGCCAUUUCUCUUUAAGAGACGAAUUUUGACACUAAAAUUAAGAAAAAUGGUCAAAUGGAAUCAAAGAGUUAUGGCUGUUUUAAAAUAACGUCUGGUUCACUCAAUGGACCAUAGAAAACAUGCCUCAGUUGUGUAAAGUAUCAAAUAAUAUGUUUGAUGACCCCCUGAACAGCCAAAACACUGAUAGUUGCUGCUUGACCACCACUUGUUUCACCAUCUGUUGAAUGAGAACCUUAAUAUUUCUGUGCGCAUUUUUCAGAAAAUAAAGUUUUCACAGAACGUUGAGCCAAACAAACAAGAUAGACCUCUGACGACAAGACGUGGCUUCAAGGCAAGUCAUAUAUGAUGGUGUUGUCCUUUGUUGCUAUUAUUAGGAGGAAACCUCAGUACACAUGUAAAAUACACACAAGUUGUAACAAACCUGCAGCAGACUUGUAGCAAUGCUGUUACAAUGCUGUUCCGACCCUGCGAUUCCGGUGCAGCGCUUUAACCAACUGAGCUAAAGAGGCCAGCUGUUAAGCUGUAACAGUAAGUUCAUGUAUAUUUAACAAAUAUAAAACAUUUUCCGUGUUGAUAUACAGUUAUAUCAACACGAGUGGAAUUGGGAAAACGAGAAAUUGUGUGGAAACACGACGCCCGAAGGGCGGAGUGUUUUCAUACAAUUUCGAGUUCUCCCAACUUCCACGAGUGUUGAUAUAACUAUAUAUCAACACGGAAAAAUGUUUUAUAUUUUUUUUAUAAUAUAGCAAUGUCAAAAGCCCGAAGGAUAAGAAAAAUUUCGUGUUUACAAGCGGCGGAAAAUUUCCCGUGUUGACAUUGAGUUAUAUCAACACGGCUCUUAGCCAAUCAGCGUUCAGAAUUUACAAACGCUAUAUUAUAAAUGGGUAAUAUAACAACAUCCUAAUAUCCCUAACAUCCUAAUAUUAAUUCCACCAAGUGAAGUGCAAGAAUCUAAGUUAUUCAAGUCCACCUUAUUACAACCCGCACACCCGAUUACCUAUAUAUACAUGAACUUACGGUUACAGCUCAACAACUGGCCUCUGUAGCUCAGUUGGUUAGAGCGCUGCUCCGGAAUCGCAGGGCCGUAGGUUCGAUUCCUACCAGAGGACCUUGUGCUGCAUUUUUCGCAGUCGUUACUGGUUAGGUCUUAAAAAUGUAUAUAUUCUCACUUGGAUUACAAACCCUAACAUCCUAAUAUUAAUUCCACCAAGUGAAAUGCAAGAAUCUAAGUUAUUCAAGUCCACCAAUGUUUGGUACAGUCAAACUGGAGGAACUCGUCUCCCAUGCGACAAUCGAGGCGAGAUUAUAAUCAAACAACUGUAUAUUUGUAAGAAUCGUAUUUUGGUCACAUAGGCUAAAGGCCACGGUUUACGCAGCUUGGAAACCUAUUGUCCAAUCGUCAUAACUUUCCAAAAAUAAUUUUAGCGAUCCAAACUCGUAGUCUCAUUUCGAACCUCCCUAUCUUUUUAGAGUCUGAAACCAGAUCCAAUUCUAAAACUGAAGCGUAUUGUUGGUUAUGGCGGUGCCACAUUCAGAGAGGUGCUCUGGACAAAGAACGGCGCAUGUGUAGUAUAUCCUUGUCAUGCUGUUAUCGUGUCUAUGGAAAUAUCAACUGGACAUCAACGUUUUUUUAUUGGCCAUACUGAUAAGGUUUGCGUUAAACACUCGGUUGGGUUUUUUAAUACAAUUGUCAGUGUCGUUUGUUAGUGUAUUAAUUCAAGAUGCCAACUUGUUCCACGGUAUGCUACAAUGCCAGAUAUUUAUCAAUAAGAGCUUUCUCCAGGUCUCAUCUCUAACAUUCAAUGGGAAUACAUCAAUCCUUGCUUCAGGACAGCUGGGUCAGUCCACAGUCAUUCGUAUAUGGAGAUAUCAUUCAGGAGAUUGCAUUGCAAUAUUUAACUCACAAGUUCGAUCACUUCAUUGUCUCAGGUACGCUUAUGCUACUGUGGUUUUCAUCUUUUUACGUAUUGAGACACAAACCACGACAGCUUAUUGUACAAUACUACCUACACUGGGCCACCACGUUUGAGAUAUCUUUUUCAGGUAGUUCAGACACAAACCACGACAGCUUAUUGUAGAAUACUACCUACACUGGACCACCACGUUUGAGAUAUCUUUUUCAGGUAGUUCAGACACAAACCACGACAGCUUAUUGUAGAAUACUACCUACACUGGACCACCACGUUUGAGAUAUGUUUUUCAGGUAGUUCAGACACAAACCACGAUAGCUUAUUGUAGAAUACAGGACCCCACAUUUGAUUUAGUAACUCUGGCGAUUUCUUUUUCAGUUUUUCCAACAGCGGUGGAGUAUUGUGCGGAAGUGGUAAAGAUAGCCAUGGAAAACAAGUUAGUGAUUUAAGAAUAUUUAUCUCAGAUGAAAUUGCUUCUGCGUACUUAAUAAUUUAACAUCUUUUCUGUACCAACAUGUAGAUGGUUGUAGUGUGGGACACAUCCCGAUGUGGUAAAUCUGGCGAGGUCUCUGUCAUUGCCAAGGCUCAUACGGAUGUGGAUAUUUCUAGGAUCAAGAUCGCUCCUUUUGAUGAUACAAGGUUAGAGCAUUAGAUUUCCUCCUGUAGUAACACUGGAUCAAUCGUUGAAGGCUCUUACUGGCGCUCUAGGGAGAACACUGCAGAUAGAGUUAUCCAGUAUAAAUACAGUUACAGUACUGUAGGUUUCUUCCUGUAGUAACACUUGAUCAAUAGGAGAUGAUCCUUACCGGACCUCUACAGACAACAGUCUAGGAAACAUAGAACUAUCCAGUUUAAAUAAAGUCAGUUAAGUUCAGAUUUCUUCCGGUAGUAACACUGGAUCAAUAAGAGAUGACACUUACUUUAGGGAGAACAGUUUAGAACGGACAGAACUACCCAGUAUAUAUGAAGUUAGUUUAGGUAGUAGCUAUUAGUAAUACUGGACAAAGAAGCGAUGAUCCUUACUGCGCCUCUACGGAGAACAGAUAUAACUAUCAACUAUCCAGUUUAGAUAAAAUGAGUUUAGUUAGUUUUAGAUUUCUUCGUGUAGUUACCCUCUCAGAUUGCUAUUUCUCCACCUGUACAGGAUGAUAUCGUGCGGUCGUGAUAAUAUAAGAUUCUGGAGAGUGCGACAUGCUUCAUUACGUUCUUGUCCAGUCGACCUUGGCAGCCAUCACUCGAUCGAGUUUACUGACUUUUGUUUUGGACACGAGACUGUAGAUGGCAAUAAUAAGAAACAGAGAGUGAUGUAAGUUGAUGAAUUCAUGUGAAUCACAUGUGGGGCCCAGUCUAGGUAGUACAGUAUUCUACACGUGUAAAAAUCUCGCAUCGUGUAACAAGUCUGUCAACAAGCCGUCAACAAGUUGUGUUCGCAUUGCUUGUCUCAAGUUGUCAACAAGUUUGGAACAAGCUGUUAACAACUUUUAACAACCUUGUUGCAAGGUUGUUCCAACAAGUCAGAUACAGUCAUGACAUAACAAUAUUGUUACAACCUUGUGUCGUCAAACUUGUAACAUUCCUGUUAUAUCAUGACUGUAUCAGACUUGUUAGAGCAACCUUUUAACAAGUCUGAUAAUGCAAUCAAGCUUGUUACAAGUUGUUAACAGCUUGUUCCAAACUUGUUACAACAACUGGGAACAAGUAGUGCGAACACAACUUGUCGACAGCUUGUGAACAGAUUUGUAACAACUUGUUUGCAGACUUGUAACAACUUGUGCGUUUUUACGUGUGUACAAUAAGCUGCCGUGGUUUGUGUCUGAAUUAUCUGAAAAAGAUAUCUCGAACGUGGUGGCCCAGUGUAGGUAGAGUGAAUCCUACUGUACUUAUACGUUGAACUCCAUGUUUAGCUACAUCUCUUCCAAACUUGGUACGGUAUUUGAAAUCAACUACGAACUUAUUGUCGUUCACAAAGUCCGACGGUUACUUCCGACUGGCAGCCGACAAGAUAUCGUUGAAGUGACCAGUGAGUUUGGGAUUGGAAUUAAUUGUCUAUCUGUGAAUGAAGCAUUUUGUGUGACUGGAUCCGAUGAUGGUUACCUGAGAUUGUGGCCCUUGGAUUUCUCGGGUGUUGUGUUGGAGGCAG